AUCUCUGAUUUUAAAAGCUCUUGGAUUGGCGCCAUCUCAUGCCCUCCAUAGGCUCCAACAUGGUUCAAAUCCGCAAAGUUGGGCUCAUCUAAGACCCACGUGACUGGUUUGGACAAGGAGGACGUCGAAGCACCCCCCGGCUCAAAACCUCAUCGACCCGGUCGCCUUCUAGCUCCCCCCUUUCGACCGUUCGACUGCCACAAGCGCGGCUUCCUGAGGCGUCGCCGUGGCCACCAUCGCCGGAGUUAGGCAUUAGGUAUAAACUCUGCCAUUUCCUACUUCUGUCAGAUUUGAUGCGAUGGCUACACUGCCACAAACCAAAUUGGAUGGCGCAGCCCAAAGCAUUGAAGCGUUGAAGACUUUAAUUCAGAAAGAUGAAGACAAUUCUCAAAAAUUGGCACAAGAGGUCAAGCAUCAUGAAGACAACCUAAACUAUCUCAAUGCUCAAGUGAAUAUCAUUGAUGAAUCCAUUCAUCGUUUGCAAGGUGAACUUAGAGAGUGCUGUUCAUCAAGCACGGGCAAAGGGGAUAACAGUGUUUCUGUUGUAAACACCGGAAAACAGUUGAAUGAUCAAGUAAUACAGCUGUAUGAAACAGCAGCUGGUGUAAUGUGCGAGAUGAAAGAUCGGCAUGGUUCAAUGUUAUCUACAUUAAAAUGCACCAAAGAUGUUCUUGGAAUUGUUGCUUCACUUGGAAAAGUAGCCGAUGAGAACCUCAGCAGAAUAUUAUCCGAGUACUUAGGACUGGAUACCUUGUUGGCUAUAGUUUGCAAAACAGUUGAUGGUGUUGAAGCCCUUGAAAGUUAUGAAGAAGAUGGCACAGUUGACAGGAAUGCUGGUUUUCAUGGGAUUGCACCAACUAUUGGAAGGACAUUAAGUGGUAGAUUUCAUGUUUACUGCCUUCAGAAUAUGAGACCAUUUAGUGGUGAAAUUCUUCCUAAUGAUCCACAAAGAAGGCUUGCACUAAUGAAUCCAAAGCUACCUAAUGGAAAAUUUCCACGGGGCUUUUUGGGAUUUGCUGUAAACAUGAUCUUUUUGGAUCCGGAACUCUCAUCUUUUGUGACAGUUGAUGGUUGCGGGCUAAGAGAGACGUUGUUUUUUAGUUUAUUUACUCGCUUGCAAGUGUUCAAUACCAGAAGUGACAUGAUGAAUGCUCUGCCAUUCAUAAGUGAUGGUGCUAUCUCCUUAGAUGGUGGCAUGGUCAAAGGUAGCAGCUUGUUCUGUCUUGGGGAAAGAAAUGAUAUAAGCAUAAAAUUUCCCAUCACCCAUGGAGUACCAAAUCCUUUUGGAGAAGCUACAGAAAUAGAGCAGAAGAUCAAGCUUCUGGAGUGGAAGAAACAGAUGCUAUUCUCUGAUAUGCAAAGAGAAGAAACUCUGAUAAGCAAUGUUAAAUGUGUGCUGAAAGCCAAGUCUGAUGGAUAUAGGAAGCUUUUCAAUGAUGAAAAUUUGAAUAAAGAGUUCAAGAAGCACUUCAGUAGGGCUACUUCGCCAAGGUAACUCCCCGGCAUUCUUCAAAGUGGAAUCACUUUCAUUUAGAAUGAAGUGCCAAAAUAGUCCCUUUACUAUUUACAUGGAGCUAUUUUAGUACAAGAGUUUAUAAAAAUGUCAAAUUAAUAUCCGGACUCUUUUAAGAUAGGUUCAAAUAUAGCACUCAUUAAAAGAGUUUGGGACUAAAUUGACACUUUUACUUACUCGGGCUAAAAUGUUUCCUACAAAAUGUGAGGGGAUCAUUUUUGAUGAUUUUUUUUCUUUCUUUUUCUUUGUUUUAAAUAAAAAAACUUGUUUUAAUAUUAAGAGGUAUCUACAGUUAAAUUUUUAAUGGAGUUUGUAUCCAGUCCAAAGUAUUUUGGAAUAGUAUGG